GCACGCACCUCGCUCAGCGCAUGGAGACGUCGCGGUGGGCGCCGACAUGCGACUGUGAUGGACAACGGGCACGGCAAGAAGGGCAGGGGCAGGGAUGAACGUGUACUUGGACGAGACUUGGCGAUGUUUGAGGGUGGGCGUGAGUACGGCGGGGAGUAUAGGCCGUACGGCGCGAUCAACAGAAAGGGGCGGGCGAUGAGAUGGAGCAAGAGGGCAGUGCGAGAGAGGCUGGCAGCGGUGCGAAAGAGGAUGAGAGCGGCGCAGACAGAAGGCGGAAGAGCAUGGGGCGGGUAUGCUGGUGCGCUUGAGGCAGAUCAGGCGUCCGCCGUGUCGCUCCGAUGGCAGCCUGCGGGAUAGAAGGUGUGAUGUGACCAGAAGGAUGCUCGACAGUCGCCCGUGGAGGCCGUCCUGAUCGAAGCGCCCAUCCGAGCCAGCC